UAAACCCCCAAUGUGACCUCAUGGCGGGCCUCGACGGAUGGUCAUGCAGUUUAAGGCGUGCCUGUUGCUCAAUUCGUUAAUGUCAGCGUGGGUGUGUGGGUGCGCGCUUGUGUGGGCGGGUUCAUUAAUGCAAGUUUGAUGGAAUUGGUGGCGAGCGGGUUGAGGCAUUGCGCAUGGAGUUGCUUAAGAGUGGGAGUGAAGAAAGGGGGCCAGAGAUUGCUGUGGUUGGGAGUGACGGCUCCAGCGGCCGCAGGUGCGGGCAAGUAUACGGUGGAUGCAACGGCACCGCCGAGCUCCACCAUUGCGCCCGCAGGGUACUACAUGUUAUUCGCGGUUGCAAAUGGCGUGCCCAGUUAUGUCAGCUGGGGGAUGGUGGGUCAAGAGUAGGCGAGAAUGAUUCACAGUCUUGGACAGCGCAGUAGCAUCAGCUGCUGCAAAGUUGGGAAGGGAGAGCGGAAGGUGUGCGCACCGUUGGGGUGAAGCUGAUGUGCGUGUGAGGCCGAGUGCACCCGGCGCCGUGAGUGAGGGAUAGGUGCAUUGCUGCGAUCCGAGGAAGCAACACGAAGGAGUUGGAUCUGAGGAAGUGGCGACGCUAUAGAUGUGAAUGUAGGAAGUUGGGGCACUCAGUGUUUAGGGAGUGGCCGGUGUGAAUAAUUGGCAUUGGAUUCGUGAAUCAGGCUGAGAUGCGGAGUAGCGUGGAUUUUAAGGGUAGUGAGUAGAAUUGGACUGCGGAGCAUUUUACGGGCGUUUUUAUCAUUUGGUGUUGCUUGGCAGGAAGCUGUUUGGAAUGGGCCCAUGAGGGUGGCCUAUCAGUUGAGGUAGGGAUUGAACGAAAUGAUUGAGAUUUAAGAAAAUCCGAGUGUUGGAGCACUGCAAUGUUUCAGUAGUUGGUAUCGGAUUACUAUGCAUCAAUGGUUUUGAUGGGAUUAUAAUGCUGCAUUGAUUGAUAUGGAAUUGCAACGCUUCACUAGUUGGUAUGAGCUUGGUUAAUGAAUAAUUGUAGAGCGGAACAGAGAACACGACUGUGCCGAGUUGUUUUGUGUUAGUGAAAAGAUGCUCUUGGGUUGGGAGUUUUUGCACCCCGUCAAGGAGAUGGAGGCUUCCCUUUCUUACUGGAUUGAGAGAGACCACAGGGUUCUAGUAGCUCCACACGCCAUGGACGGUCUGGUUGGUAGGGUUAUGGACAAUUCUACUUUUGGAUGGCGAUGGUGAGACAAUGUUAUUUUCUUUAUAUUUCAAUGGAAUGCUUGGAGUGAGAGCCUGUCGGUGGGUGUGUUGGUUAGAAGGUUAUUAUUUCACAAAAUGCUGAGAUCUUUUAAACCGAUGACUUUCUACCACACAACUACAAUUUUGUUCUGAGUAGUGUUUCAAAUUUAGGUUGAAAAUAGUGUGUCAAGAAGACAAGACCGUUGUUGAGGUGAAUGGUUUCUUACUUUUUGGUGUUUGAUGUCGCUUUGGUAUUGGUAUUUCUUGACAAGGAGGUAGUAUAGAAAGAGAUAUAGGAAGAAGCAAUGCGAGGUUCAUAUCCUCUCCUCAAUGGCUACAUUGCGGAAUAAACAAAAGAUGAAACCCUAACGGAGUUUUGUAAGACAUAGCCAGCAAUCACCACCACCCUGUCCGCUACUUCCACUUGAUCCGUAAUCUUUACCCUUUCUAUUCAAUUUUCACUUGACCUUAGUUAACCCUUUAAACACCCUCUAUAACACCAAACAGAACCGAAGUUCUGCAGCUCUUGUGAGGGAUUGCGUUUAGAACUGUAUCAUUGGAAAUCAUGUCUCCAGCUUCGCUUCAAUGAGACAAAAUUAGGGCUAUCAGUGAUUCUACUCAUUCAAUGGUUUCCUGUCGUCCAGUUUGACCUGUUGUUCAGGAUAUCAGCGUCGAACCUUUGCUUCGAAGAGACACGGACAACAAUGCUGUUAAGCAAAUGCGUAUUAGCAGUGCAAAUGUAUGGAAUCGUAUGGCGAACAAACGCUCCAACAGCUGCAUCCUUUCCAGAAUCUGAAGUCAGAAAGACCUUAAAGCAAAACCCUUGAUUGAAAUUGCCUCGCAAAUGUACACCGACCUGAAGUUUCUGUCGAAAUAUGCGUCGGUCAAAGGAAACCAACCGGCUUGAGGAAAAGCCCGCGUGGCAUGAAAUGAGUCAACACUAUAGCGUGACUUGUGACUAGGUUAAGGCUUUCAAGCCGAGGUGGACGCCACGUUCACUUGAAACGCGUGAGAUCAAGACACCAGAAUACCCAACCGCCGCCGAAGGUCGUUUCUCUCUGAGGCUUCACGUGAAAGUUGUAGAGUGGCAGCUGCUGGAACCUCUGCCCUGCUAGGGCUUUGUAGAAUCACAGCAGAAGCGCCGUUGCUGUAUCCGAUGGGUUGUUAACCAUGUCGUCGAAGCAUGGCUGUAUGCACUUGGCCUCAUUUUGGGUAUUUUGUGAGCAGAUAAAUCAGAAUAUGGGUCUCUUCAUGAGCUUCAGCGGCAUGCAUAAGAACCUCGAUCGAGAAAGAGAGUGCUGAGAUUGAGGAUGAGUAGGGGAUGGAAUUUUCGGAUGUUGGGCUGAGACGAGGCCUUUCGGUGCCCGAGCGUACGACACUAAUUCAUAGUGUUGGCUAUGUAGUGUACGAAGAUUUGGCACUGAAAAAUGGGAAUACUUAUACGACACGCCGUUGGAGACACCUCGUGGAGGGAUAGCUGAUUUUAUGGAUGUCCGCGUAGAGAGUUCCCAUUCCAGUAAUGGUGGCCGUGAUGCUGUGUUGAUAUCGAAGGACACAAUAUUGUCAGGGUGAUUAACCAAAUUCGAGAAGGAAAGCUGGAAGAGUUCGACUACCUUCUGUCUAAAACAAGUGAGACUUUUGUCCGUGAAUAAGUUGAUUCGAUUCAAUCGGACUGAACAGAAAUGGCAAGCUCCGACGGCAUCCAAGGCAGCUUGCCACCAUCUUUGUCAGGAAUUCAGACCCCUCCAAACCAAUCUUCCGGAAAACUGUCAUCUGGAUCUCCUGGCAGCGAGGAUGAGCAAACGUUGUUUCAAAGGCAAUUCUCGGAGAUUAACCAGGACAUCGAUGUGGAGAAGGAAAUAACGCAGUUUGUCAAGGAGUUGGAUGCAAAUGAGGGCAGGGAGGAGUUUGUGUUUACCACCAAAACAUCCCAGUAUGAUGGGGAAGGUAGUGGCCAGUACCCAAAGAAUUUGUUGUCAGCGCCCGGAAUGAGCAGUGAAUCUGAUACAGAGGAUCACACGCCCGCGUCGGCAAGCAACCACAUUGUCGACAAUGUCUCCUCCCUCAAGAUGACUUACUAUGCUUUCAAAGAGACGACAGGCCAGAAGAGUGGCAUCCCUGUCUCAUUGCUAGCUGCGCAUCUUGAAAGAAAAGAAUCUCGUUACCCUUCAUUCCUAGGAUCUCGAAGUAGCGUGAACAUGACGGGAAACACUUCAACUGGAACGUUUAGAACAAUGCAAAGGAGUCCCAGUAGGAGGACUUCCAUGGAGAUUACUUAUCCUGCCCUCUCUCCCCAGGUGAUGGAGGUUAUCGACACCCUUGAAUCUCACAAGAAGAAAGCCGAGAAUGAAGGCAAUUACAUGGUAGCACGAGCUGCUGCUCAACGCCUUAACGGUGUCAAGGUGUUGGAAGACAACAAGAGGAAAUCGCUCAUGCUCCAAAGACAUGGAAAAGAAAGAGAGGAAUCCGAAAGAACAUACAAACAAGAAACGGCUGAGAGGAACCGGCUCUGGGAUGAGAAGUUGCAUGAGUUCCACAAAGCUGUCGUAGAACACGCUGCAAAGUUGAAACGGCAACAAAUUGGUGUUUUACAAGCCUUUAGACAACGAAUGGCCAACAAAACCCCCACCAAACCUCAGUGGUCUCGGGAGCUUCUCAAACACAGGAAAGUGCAGACCUUUCUUGGGAAACAAGGAAAAUAUUUAGAGGCAGAUGAAGUUAAACGUAUUGCAGAUAGGAUGGAGCACACAGAGCUACAAGCCACACUUUCUGCGUACGCAGCCGAGGUAGCGCUGAAAGAACAAGCUCUUCGAAACAAGCAACAAAAUGAGAUGGAGGUAUUGUUGCAACGGGCUGCUCAAGGGCGCGAUGAACUUCGAAAGACGAGAAACAUGGAUCUCGACAGAUGCACUCAGAGGCACAAGAAUAUUGUGAGAGAAUUAAAAAACUUGCAAAAACAAGAACAAUUGAGAUUUGAACAGAUUUUUGGGAAGCGGGUUAGUGAAUUCAAGAGAAGCGGCGGAAGUCUUCAGUUACUCUCCGAAACUCUGAGUGGUUUGGACGCUUUGAUGCUGCCAGGAAUUGAAGCCCCUUGUCCUGAACGAGACGAGGUUGCGUCCUCGUGUAGUAGUGAUUUACAUGGUUCAGGUUGAUGUAAUGCCUCUAAUUAAUUUUGUGACUAAUGUUCGACUCUUAGUAUGGUGUCUCCGUUGUGCAGCCCUGAUGCAAAAUCUUUUGCACUUGAAAAGAUCCCGAUGUCUUUUGGGUGCUUUUGGAAUUGUAGUUAUUCCAAUCAUGUAUAUUACAUGCACAUUCAACAAGUCCAAAAUGUCGUGUUGAUUGCAUUGGCUUACAAGAAUGCAAUCCCUUGCUCUGCCUUCCUUCUGGACUCCUAUGUGUUUUGGGUUUUUCAUUUCAUUUUUAUAUCUUCAGAGUUUCAUGGAUAUAAAAAUCUUCAGAGGUAGAUUUUAUUUGCAUGUAUAGAGGAGCGAGAAAGGUUGAAAUCGGUUUUUAAACAGUAAUAAACAGUAGAUUUCAAAAUAUUAAGCUCACUUUGUAUAUCUAAUUUUUUA